AUGAAUGGCAUACUAGGUACCGCGCCUCCUGGCACAUUAUAUGUACGAGCACUCUACGAUUACGAGGCCGAUGACCGAACAAGUUUGAGUUUUCAUGAAGGCGAUAUAAUUCAGGUCAUUACCCAGCUAGAAAGCGGAUGGUGGGACGGCGUGAUCAAUGGGGUCCGCGGUUGGUUUCCAAGUAACUAUUGUCAGAUCAUCGAAAACCCCGAAGAGAUUCCCGAGCAUUUGCAGAACGUGGAUGGUGACAAUGGAGAUGACGAGCUAGAGGACCAAGUGGUAUAUGACGAAGACCUCGAGGAUGACAACGAGUCGGAUCAAGAUGACUUAAACGGGUUACCCCUCGAAGGCACGAGGCCAUCGAGAAAAUCUGGCGCCGACUUUUGGAUACCUCAGGCCACGCACGACGGCAGAUUAUUCUAUUACAACACUAUGACUGGAGAGAGUAGCUCAGAGCUUCCGUUAGAAUCGCCGACUUCUUUCAACGAAAAUGGGCCGCGGGAUCGAAUGAACGUAAAUAUGGUCGAGAAAACGCGAGUACCUCCAGAGCUAAUGGCGAGGGGUUUGAUGCAAGAUGAAGAUGAAGACUCGGAAGCAACGUCUGUUUCAGAACUCGAAGGUGAACUGCUCACUAAAAGUUCCAUGAGUUCCUUGCCCUCACGACGUCGUGGCUACGAUAGUGUGGGAGUCUCUCCUUCGCCAUCUAUGGACUCGAUGAAUGGUUCCCAGGGGGGGGUACGAUCACGGGUUGGAACUUACAUUAACACCAACCUACCCAUGUCUUCAGGUGGUUUAGCACCGACGCUGGCUUCCGCAACCUCCUUCACUGGCGCUAGUUUUAACCUUCCCCAAGCAGCCACGAUACCUCGUUCUUUCUUUGACGACGGUAGCGCGCAGCCUUUAUCGUGGAACCUCCUCAUAGCAAAUAUGAAGCGCGCUAUCGACCGCUACCGAGAUGCGAUAAUAAGCAAUAAUCGGUCUGAAUACGUCGCGCGUGCAGAAGAUAUAUCCGAUCAUUUGCGGUUGCUCUUAGCUGCUGGUUCUGGCACUACCGACAACCACUCUGGUCAGCCUUCCAUCAUCUCGACGAAUAAGGCGCUAUAUCCUCACUUCCGAGACAUGAUGUCAAAGUUUUCUAAACUUGUCAUAUCUUCUCAUAUAGCCGCAGCUGAUUGGCCGAAUGCUGAGUCUGUGCAAAAGUGUAUGCAAGAAGCCGACGGUGUACUCGGUGGAGUUUUUAGCUUUGUUGAAGUCGCGAGACAGCAGAGAGGCGAAGAGAUCCCACGGUUAUUUCCUGGGUUUGUCAUAGGCAGCACAACCGGAGGAAGCUGGCAAAACAAUGGACUUGGUCCCCGCGACCCUAUCACAUCAAAUUUCUUGGAGGACGAUGAGGCUUACGCCGAGCCAUCCGCGAUACUAGAUGGGAACCUUCUCGAAAGGCUUGAUGAAUAUAAGAGGAUGCUAGUCUCUAGCAUCAGGGAGCUGGAAAAAUAUCUCGGUUUAUCUGACAAGAUUGUGUCGCCAUAUAAGCAUGAGCUCAUCGGUAACAACGUCUGCAUUGCGGGCGGGAAAGUUCUAGACAUGUUCAAGCCUUGGGUUACGAUGAUUGAAUCUAUUGACCUUUCAUCGCUAGAAAAUACGUUUCAGACGCCUCAGCUUGCCGACUUUAGCACCUAUAAACAAAGCCUUUACGACAAUAUAUCGGACCUUAUAUUAGGAUGUCAGGCUGUUGCCGGUCCCUUAGGUGAUGAAUGGUCUGAGGUUCGAGGGGAGUCAUUGGAAGGCAGGCUUGAGUAUGUCAGGCAGUGUGCGAGGACUCUGGAAACGAAUUCUUCCCACAUUUGCUUUUCCCUCCAGCUCCUCUCUGAACAGGUCCAAUUUAGUCUUCAGCAGCAGCAUGAAGCUCUCAUGCAGGAAGAUGGCCUACAGAGAGGACCGCAUAGAAGAGACCCGAUGUUAUCUUCCAAUUCGAUGCAUAUUCGCUCGGACUCGGACUACCUCCUCGCGAACAUCAGACCUCCUCUUAUAUCUUCAGCCUCCUAUCCUGAAGAGACCACCAACUUCCCUAGGAAGGCCGGUAACUUGUCCAAGGUCGCGAAGCUAUUGGGAGAGAAUUCUAUUGCUCCGCCCGUCGUCCAACCAGUCGAGGAAACGCCACCGUUCCUACGGCUUGACCUUGAGAAUGACCUGUCCUGGGAUCUCAAGGCACCCCAGCCGGCAGUCAAGGGUGGCUCAUUGUUGGCAUUGGUUGAACAACUCACGAGACACGACAAGUCUGAUUUCAGUUUCAAUAACACGUUCCUUUUAACAUAUAGGUCUUUCACCACGGCUCGAGAAUUAUUCGAGCUUCUAGUCAAGCGCUUCAAUAUUCAACCACCAGAAGGAUUGAGUAAUACCGAUUAUGAGAUGUGGAGAGACCGGAAGCAAAAGCUGAUCCGAUUCCGCGUGGUGAAUAUCAUUAAGACUUGGUUCGAAAAUUUCUGGAUGGAGGAGCCGACCGAUGAAACGAGGCAACUGAUCCGCGAUGUAUACGCAUUUGCAAGGGAUACUGUCAAAUCUACGGAGACUCCCGGCGCCAAUAACCUCAUGGCCGUCCUAGACCAACGACUCAGUGGCAAAGAAAUAUCAUCCAAACGUAUGAUACAAACAUUUAACAACAAUGUUCCGCCGCCGAUCAUGCCCAAGAAUAUGAAAAAGCUGAAAUUCCUCGACAUCGACGUCACUGAAUUCGCCCGUCAGCUAACAAUCAUCGAGUCUAAGCUAUAUGGCAAGAUCAAACCAACAGAAUGCCUCAACAAGACAUGGCAGAAGAAGGUGGGCGAAAACGAACCCGAACCUGCACCGAAUGUGAAAGCACUCAUUUUACAUUCAAAUCAAAUGACAAACUGGGUUGCCGAGAUGAUCCUGGCUCAGAUGGAUGUGAAGAAGCGAGUGAUCGUCAUAAAGCAUUUCGUCUCAGUUGCUGAUAAAUGCCGGAGCCUUAAUAACUUUUCCACUUUGACGUCGAUUAUCUCUGCUCUAGGCACCGCCCCCAUCGCACGUCUAAAGAGAACCUGGGAUCAGGUGCCAGCCCGGACUCAAGCUGUUCUGGAGACGAUGCGCCGUCUAAUGGCGAGUACGAAGAAUUUUGGCGAGUAUAGAGAGGCUUUGCAUGCUGCAAAUCCGCCAUGCAUUCCUUUCUUCGGUGUAUAUCUCACCGAUCUCACUUUCAUUGAGGAUGGUAUUCCUUCUAUUAUUAAGAAGACGAAUAUGAUUAAUUUUGCCAAGCGUGCGAAGACGGCGGAAGUUAUCCGUGACAUUCAGCAAUAUCAGAAUUCGCCUUACUCACUUCAGCCCGUGCCGGAAUUACAAGAUUAUAUCUUGAGCAACAUGCAAGCAGCUGGGGAUGUACAUGAGAUGUAUGACAAGAGUUUGAACGUGGAACCACGUGAGCGUGAAGACGAAAAGAUCGUGAGGGUCCUGGCUGAGUCUGGCUUCCUAUGA